AUGUCGCUGUCCGCAUCUGUGCUCCGUCGCAUUGUUGCCAAGGUUUCUGAAAAGCAAAAAAAAAAUUGGAAAAUGAAAAAUAAAAGGAAAAAACCUCAGGGUGAUAGAUCUAUCGAGAAAACAUCACGAAAAGCUUUCAGUGAAAGUGAUUGAAAAUAAACUUACUUUCUUUCAAUUUUUUUAGAAACAGUAGUAUGAAAUAGUUUUUCUUUAUCUAUCUAUUCAAUUAGCCAAACUGUUUCAAUAGAAAAAGGCUAUUUUCAAAUUUUCGUAGUAAUAUAAGUUUGCAAGAGUUAGUGGAAGCGGCUUGAUGGAUUUCUCAGAAACAGUUGCUCGAUUGAUCUCUCUCAAAAGUGUUCCUAAAGAGUUGGGAUCAAUUUUUUUGAGAGAAAGAGGAAAAUAGUGUCAUGAUAUUGGAAGAAUGGAUUCUCUUUUAGAUGGUUAGAAAAAAAAUAAUACUUUGAAAUCACUUUUAGCAAGUUACGCGGUUUUCCUAACGGCCACAUUGAAAACACUAUAAAAAAUAAUAACAACCAUAAUAAAUUGAAGGGAGUCCUCCCCUGCCAGUCGGUGGCUCCUUUCGCCACCUCGGCCGACGGAUCGACCAACCUGAAGGAAGUCCUGUCGAAAAAGAUCCCAGCUCACAACGCCAAGGUUUCAGAAAAACUCCAAAAGGGAAAAUAAUAUGAUUAACUUUUCCAGGUCAAGGAAUUCCGUUCCCAACACGCUAACACCGUCGUUCAGAACGUCACCAUCGACAUGGUUACUUGUUUAUCUCUUUUCACUGUUUCUCGAAUCUUAUUUGGAAACAUGAAAUUGAAUUUUUUGAUUGAAACGAAGUGUUGGGUGUGAACUCGAGUUUUAUAGAAAAAAAUUGUUUAUUUCGUGUGACGAAUGGUUUUAUUUUUUUCAGAGUAUGGAAAUUGAAAUACUGGUAGAUUUGAAAACAAAAGGUGUACUGUACUGAUCAAGAGAAAUAAAACGUUUCUUUUUUUGUGGGAAGUGGUUCAAUAUUCAAUUUCGGAACAUUAUUUUUUUCAGCUUUGUUUGUAGGCUCAAUAGUUCAAAAUGAUGAUUUUCAAGGUGUUCGGAAAAAACUUGAUUUGUAGAAGAAGCUUUGGAAAAAAUGGAUGUUUUUCAGCUCAAAAAUAUUACUACUUCAAAAAAAUCUCAUCAAUGGACAAAAUGAGCUUGUUUCUCACGAUACAAUGUUUUCCAGAUCUACGGUGGUAUGCGUUCGAUGAAGGGAAUGGUGACGGAGACGUCGGUCCUGGACCCUGAAGAAGGAAUCCGAUUCCGCGGAUACUCGAUUCCCGAGUGCCAGAAGGUCCUCCCCAAGGCCAAGGGAGGCGAAGAGCCGAUCCCUGAAGGAAUCUGGUGGCUCCUCUGCACCGGAGACAUCCCGACUGAUGCUCAGGUGCGGCGCAUAUUUGAAACACGGAUAAAACUGUUUCUGAAUCCAUGAGUUUUGGAUCCAAUUUUUUGGCAAUUUUUCGAAAACUUAACAAAGGGCUAAAAAAAUUUGAUGUUCUUUCUACACUUCAGAGUCAUUUGAUAGUAUUAAAAACCAAAGUUGUUGAAAUUGAAGUGGAAAAAGUUAUCUCCAGGCUCGUUAUUUACAUGUGAGAUAGAAGAAGGAGAAGCUUGCAAAGUUGAUUUUUUUUUAAUUCGGUAAACUGGUAUUUGAACUUCUGAGUUUUCGGCUCGUUACCGACCGGUUUUUUUUUUUCAGAAUUUACAAAUUUAAUCACAGUAAAUCAUAAAAUUCUGAAAUAGAUACAUAAAAGUCAUAAAAGUCAUUAAAAGCAGAGUUUACUUGUCUCCUUAAAAAAAUAUGCGAAAUAACGACAUGAAUCAGUUUUGUUCAGACGACGGCGAUCACGAAGGAAUGGAACGCGCGCGCGGAUCUCCCGGCCCACGUCGCCACGAUGUUGGACAACUUCCCGGACAACCUCCAUCCGAUGGCUCAGUUUGUCGCCGCCAUCGCCGCCCUCAACAACGAGAGCAAGUUCGCGGCAGCCUACGCCCGCGGUGUCCCGAAGGCCUCCUACUGGGAGUACGCCUACGAAGUUGGUUUUGACCUCUAGAAAUAGGAUCUAAAAAUCGAGAAAGUUUCGAGGAGGAAUAUAAAAAUAUUUUAAGAAUUUGAGCAUCAAAAAUGGAAAAAGGAGCUUUUAACUGUAAUUUGUGAUUCUGGUUCUAAAUCCAAUUAUUGUUUUAGAAUUUUUUUCUUUUUUUGAUUAUCUAUUCAAUCAUGUGAAAAAAAUCAAAAAAAGGGAACAUUUUUUUGAAGUUUUUCUCAAGUUUAGCUGAAAAACUCUUGUGCUGUACAAGCCUCUGAAAGUCGCAGUUUGUAAAAAAAAAUCUUUGGAUCUCGGUUUUAGCUGCAAAGCUUUUUAGAUCGAAGAAAUUGCUUUUUGCAAGUUUUUAGAACUCGUGAGUGGUUCCUGAACAGUUUUGAAAGUUUCUUUUAUUCGUUGAUCUAAAAAUAACCUUUAAAGUAUAUCCUCUCGCCAAUUUAUACAAAUUGGCUGAUUUGAGGACUCGAUGGACCUUCUGGCGAAGCUCCCGACCGUGGCCGCCAUGAUCUAUCGCAACCUGUACCGCGACGGAUCCGCCGUCGGCGUCAUCGACCCGAAGAAGGACUGGUCGGGCAACUUCUGCUCCAUGCUCGGAUACGACGACCCGCUCUUCGCCGAGCUCAUGCGUCUCUACUUGGUCAUCCACUCUGACCACGAAGGAGGUGUGUACUCAAAUCGUCAAGAUCAAUCUUUUAACUGAGGGCCUUUUUAAAUUUUCAUUAUUUGGCCAUCUGAAUCCGAUAUCAGUUUGUAACAUUCAACGAGUUACGUAAACUUUUUUUAAAAUACGACUGGAAGCUUAGAAGUUAUCAUGAUCGCGAUUAAAAGUUUUUAAAGUCGGUAAUCAAUAGAAAAACGCUUUUUCAAAAUUUUAAAUUACUCUUCGAAAAGGACCUCGAAAAUCCCUAAGUUUUUUCUAAUUUUUAGGAAAUGUCUCCGCCCACACGUCUCACUUGGUCGGAUCUGCCCUCUCUGAUCCUUACCUCUCGUUCUCCGCCGCCAUGGGAGGUCUUGCUGGACCUCUUCACGGCCUCGCCAACCAGGAGGUGUGAUUCUUUUGAAGUUUUUAUUUCGAACAGUAUAACUUUUUUUUAAACGUUAAAAGAAACAUUUUUUUACGGCUAAAUAUUCUAUCUCAAAUGUGUUGGCUGUAUUUUUUCUGGCUUUUUUUUUGAAUACUACGAAAAUUUGGAAGCAGACAAUUUUUUAAACGAAAAUAGAAAACUCGGAGGAUUUUUUCAUUCUUCCUCAACACCUCUAUGUUUUCAGGUGCUCAUCUUCUUGAACAAGAUCGUCGGCGAGAUCGGGUUCAACUACAGCGAGGAGCAGCUGAAGGAAUGGGUCUGGAAGCACCUGAAGAGCGGCCAAGUCGUGCCCGGCUACGGACACGCCGUUCUCCGCAAGACCGACCCCCGGUACGAGUGCCAGCGCGAGUUCGCCCUCAAGCACUUGCCCAAGGACGACUUGUUCAAGCUCGUCUCCACUCUCUACAAGGUCACCCCCAACAUCCUCCUCGAGCAGGGCAAGGUGAGCCUUUUAUCCGACUUCUGACAGUAGAAAAGCUCAAGGAAAUGAAUUUUUUUUCAUUCGGAAAAAAAGUCCCUUCGACAGGUUUUUUUGCGAUUAUAUACAUUAUCUACUACCGGAGUACCGAAAUAAACUUUAUAUCAUAAUAGAGGAAACUUUCCGAAAGUUUUUUUUGAGAAGUCUCAGUAUCGAGUACAAAAAUGUUUCUACGAAAUAUUUUCGUUCACUCCGAAUGGAUAUAUUUAAAAAAGGAUUAUUUCAGUUUUCUUAAUAUUUGAACUCUGAAAAUGAGCAUUUUUGAUAUUGUUUAUGAAUUCUCUGCAAUCUCGCGCGAAUACUUUUCUCGGAAUCCAUAUUUUAUUAUUAUCUCAUUUCUACCUUAAUCCGACGCCCGCCAGCCCUGGACAAGCUGGGCGCCGUACUGUUCCUACAUGGAGAAGCAGUGAUCGCCGGAGAGCUCGAAAACCGUCUACUACUUUCACAAGAAGAGCGAGAUGCUCUACGCGCCCUCUACUCUUGAUCAACGACAGUUUCGCGAACCGACAAACAGCUCUUCAAUGAUUCCAUGAUUCAGCAGAGAAACCUUCUCUGAAGACUGAAUAAAAGUUUCAACGUUUCAUAUUUAAAAAAAAACGCAAACUGUGUGUUUUUUUCCUUCUUGUUUCGAAGAUGUGAAGGUUUGAAGCGUUCUCUGUGAAAAUGAGUUCAUUUUCAAAGGAUAUGAUCCUUUCUUAUCGCUUCAUAUAUCAAAAAUCAAUAAUUUUCGUUGAAAUGAAAAACUUAACGAAAUUCUAAGCUCAAGACUUGACUUAUCUCUUCUCUGAGCACUUCAAGUUCAUCUCAUUAACAAUUCACCAUAAAAUCGUUUCUUUUCCAGGCCAAGAACCCCUGGCCGAACGUCGACGCUCACUCCGGAGUCCUGCUUCAAUACUUUGGCAUGACGGAGAUGUCGUUCUACACGGUUCUGUUCGGAGUCUCUCGCGCUCUCGGAUGUCUGUCGCAGCUGAUCUGGGCCCGCGGAAUGGGGCUCGCCCUCGAGCGCCCGAAGUCCCACUCGACCGAAGGCCUCAUGAAGCUCGCUGCCGCCGCCGCCGCUAAGAAAUAA